AUGACAGACGCUCCUAUCAAGCCACAGAGUGGCGUAGGCGAUAUCGACCGGGGCGUCCUCCCCUCGUCUGAUCUUAAACUCCAGGAGUUAGACGCAGAGCACCAAGAGAACGCUGUCGGAUAUAGAGAGUACCUUGAAGCCAUAGACUUGGAGGUCUCGGAUAAAGAGUUCAUGGAUAAGACGUCCCUGAACUAUGCCAACGUCUUUGGGUAUCAAGCAGCACUCAGUCUCAAGGGCCAACAGUUCAACUACCUCUCAGCGAUGGUAUAUGCCGGGUAUUUCUUCGGCCAGUAUCCUUGCGGCUGGCUGAUUGGUAGAUAUCCUGCUCAAAGAGUCAUGGCCAUUAGCAUCUUCUUCUGGGGUCUGAUGGUGAUUCUCAUGACCCAAACUCGAACUUACUCUAGUGCCUUAGGCGUCCGAUUCAUCAUGGGAAUAUUUGAAGCCGCCGUUACACCCUCGUCUCUUGGCUGGGGCGGUAUCAUCGGAUCUUACAUCUCUAUGGGCGUGUCCAAGCUUCCCGCUGACCUGAAACCAGAGCGCUGGGAACUCAUCUUCUUCAUGCUGGGCGGAGUGACGUGCGUUUGGUCGCUGGUGAUCUGGUUUCUUUUACCAGACUCGCCCUCAAACGCGUUCUUCCUGAACCACCGCGAAAGACUUGUUGCAGUCAAACGGGUCUCUGAGAACGAGACUGGCAUCAAGAACAAAGCGUUCGACAAGAAACAGGCUCUCUUGGGAUCUUUCGACCCAAAGACUCUGCUGCUGUUUACCGCUAUUCCCAACGGAGUUGUCAACUCUUUUUCUACGGUUAUCAUCCGUGACAUGGGGUUCAGCAUAACACAGACAACGCAGCUCAAGUCUGUUGGAGAUGCGGUUCAGAUCGUCGCUCUCCUCAUUGGAGGCACUGUCAUCCUGAAUGUGAAGGACUUAAAGCAAUCGGAGGCGCCGCACUUUCGAGGAGCUACGAUUGGGCUCCUAGUCGGCUACGCUAUCAAGUUGAUCUGCCACCUAACUCUGCUCGUCUACAUGUACCUGGUCAAUCGGCAUCGUGACAAGAAGUACGGCGAGCCCAAUAGGGAGAGCAGCAAGGAAGCUGGAAUGAGGGACCAGACUGAGUUUGAGAACAAAGACUUCAGAUAUGUCCUUUGA